GUUCUACCAACUCAGUGGUUCCAGUUGAUAUGAUAUCUGAGUUUUAGGACCUGUUCUAAACCCAAUGUCUGUGGUUCAAGUUGAUAUCAGAGCUGUAGGACCUGUUCUAAACCCAAAUCCAGUGAAUGAGUAUAAAAUGAAAGCAAGUGACAUUUGGACCCUGUCUCGAUCUGAAGGUGCCACAUGCAGGAAUGUGAAAUAGGCCACAAUGAUCUGUCACAUGAAGUGGUUGUUACCACGAUUUGGCAUAAGACUGACAGCUCAGAGCAGGUUUUGUGGACACGGUUCAAGUGAAAUGAUCCGCAGGACCGAGAUUAAAAGGGUCCUUUGUGUUGCGGAGAAGAACGAUGCUGCCAAAGGUAUUGCAGAAAUUAUGUCAAAUGGGAGAGCAAGGAAGAGAGAAGGGUAUUCAGUGUACAAUAAGAUAUAUGAAUAUGAAUAUCACCUCUUUGGACAGAAUGUCACUGUUUCCAUGACUUCCGUCUCUGGGCAUCUUUUGGGGCUGGAAUUUAAAGCGCCUUUCCAGAAGUGGCACAGCUGUAAUCCAGUGUUGCUGUUCGAUGCAGAGGUGGAGAAAUACUGCCCUGAGAACUCUGUUCCGAUCAAGAGGACUCUGGAAAGCGAGGCCCGUCAGUCCCAGGCGUUGAUCAUCUGGACCGACUGUGACCGGGAGGGAGAGAACAUCGGCUUUGAGGUCAUUGACGUGUGUAAAGCAGUCAAGAGCAACAUCCAGGUGUUUCGAGCCCGAUUCUCCGAGAUCACCCCGAACUCUGUCCAGAGGGCUUGUGAAACCCUGGGGGAGCCCAAUAUCCACAUCAGCGACGCCGUGGAUGUCCGGCAGGAGCUGGACCUUCGCAUCGGAGCGGCAUUCACCCGGUUCCAGACUCUGCGCCUGCAGAAGAUCUUCCCCAGCUCCCUAGCCAAUCAGCUCAUCAGUUAUGGCAGCUGUCAGUUUCCCACGCUGGGCUUCGUGGUGGAGCGCUUCAAAGCGAUCCAGGCCUUCAUCCCUGAGACCUUCUUCAAAAUACAAGUGACUCAUGAAACCGAGGACGAGAAGGUUGAAUUUAGCUGGAAGCGGCACAGGCUCUUCAACCACACGGCGUGUCUGGUGCUCUAUCAGAUGUGCAUGGAGGAUCCCAUAGCCACAGUUGUCAGUGUCACAAGUAAACCCAAAAGCAAAUGGCGGCCUUUGCCUCUCGACACUGUGGAACUGGAGAAACUAGCUUCCCGUAAACUGAAGAUUAACGCCAAAGAGACGAUGAGAAUAGCCGAAAAACUGUACACUCAGGGGUACAUCAGCUACCCACGCACCGAGACCAACAUGUUCCCCCAGGGCUUGAACCUUACCUCGCUGGUGGAGCAGCAGACGCAGGACCCCGAGUGGGGUGCCUUUGCCCAGGGCAUCCUGGACCGCGGCGGUCCCACUCCGCGCAACGGCAACAAGUCGGACCAGGCGCACCCCCCGAUCCACCCCACCAAAUACACAAACAGUCUGCAGGGUAAUGAGCGGCGGUUGUACGAGUUCGUUGUGCGCCACUUCCUGGCCUGCUGCUCUCAGGAUGCCCAGGGCCAGGAGACCACCGUUGACAUAGAAAUUGUGCGGGAGAAGUUCUGCGCUCAUGGGCUGAUGAUCAUUGCCAGGAACUACCUGGAGGUGUAUCCCUACGAGAAGUGGUAUGGCAAGGUCAUCCCUGUGUACGAGCAGGGCUCCCAGUUUCAGCCCACUUCCAUGAUGAUGGUGGAAGGAGAAACGAGUCCUCCACAGCUGCUGACAGAGGCCGAUCUCAUUGCGCUUAUGGAGAAACACGGCAUCGGCACUGAUGCGACCCAUGCCGAACACAUUGAGACAAUCAAGACCCGCCUGUAUGUGGGAUUGACGCCUGACCAAAGGUUCCUCCCGGGAGAACUCGGCAUGGGCCUCGUGGAGGGAUACAACUCGAUGGGUUAUGAGAUGUCCAAACCGGACCUGAGGGCUGAACUGGAGGCCGACCUCAAGCUCGUCUGCGAAGGCAGGAAGAACAAAGCCGAGGCUCUUGGGCAUCACGUGCAGAAGUACAAGGCUGUUUUCACAGAGUCCGUGAGGAAGGCCAAGAAGCUGGACGAGGCACUAUCCGUCUACUUGGGGGAGGCCCAGGAAUACACGGGACCCGAGCACCAAGAUGUGGAGAUGGCCCUCCCCGUACGCAAGUGCCCCCAGUGCGGCCGCGACAUGGUGCUCAAGAAGAAGAGCGACGGUACAGGGAAGUUCCUGAGCUGUACAGGAUACCCCAGCUGUAAGACAGCCGUGUGGUUCCCUGAUAUGGUUCUGGAGGUCAGCCGAGACGAAAGCAUCUGCCCUACCUGCCAGCCGCAUCCGGUUCACAUGUUGAAGUUCAAGUUCAAGAAAGGCAGCCUGCCUCCCAUGAUGCCGCUGGAGUUUGUGGGUUGCAUUGGUGGCUGUGACGAGAUGCUCAGGGAGGUGCUGAACCUGAAGUACCUCAGAGCAGGUGGCGGUGGUGGUGUCAGUUCAGUCACGCAGACUAACAACCACUCGGUGGGCGCUCUGCUGACAUCGUCGGGAGCACAUCCAGCAUCCACGCCCGCUCCUGCAUCCCGGAAACCUGCAGCCACACCCACAGCCAGGUGGACAUUGCCCCCGGCGACGACAGAGAGCAGCGAUGUCAUUGUGUGUAACUGCGGGCAGGAGGCCGUUCUGCUCACAGUGCGCAAGGACGGGCCGAACAAGGGCCGCCAGUUCUAUAAGUGCAGCACAGGGAGCUGCGGGUUCUUCCUGUGGGUGGAGCAGUCGAACGAGCAGGAUGGGGCUAACCUGAACUUCACACCGCCAAGGCCAUCUGUUGGCUUUGGCUCGGCAGGGAGCGGACAGGGAGCCACCGUGUGUGGCUGCAGCGAGCCGGCAGUGGAACGCACUGUGGCGAAGGAGGGGUCCAACAAAGGGAGGAUAUUCCUCACUUGCAGGAAACCGCGCGAGAAGCAGUGCGGCUUCUUCCAGUGGCUCGAUAGUCCUCAAGUUUCAGCACCGAACAGCGGCAGAGGAGGCACUGCAGAGGCACCGCGGGCAACUGGCGCAGGGCGAGGCAGCAGAGCGCGACGUGGCAGGGAAGCAGGCGAUGAGACCUCCAGCAUGCCCCUGGUACCCAAGAGGCCGCGCGCCUGUGGAGUGUGUCGGCAGCCUGGCCACACAAGGAACAACUGCCCCCUAAACUGCUAGCGCGGGGCAUCGUCUGAGGUCAGCUGGCAGCCAUAUCGCACAUGCGUGUUCAUUUCACAGCGCUCCUCACCACAUGUUCCUUCGUUCUUUCACAAGGAUCCUGUUGUCUCAUCUAUGCAGGUGUCUGGGCCGCAGCACAGGUCCUGACUUUGUGAUAGAUAGGAACACAAAAGUAAUGCAUAUUAUGAAUUACACUUCCUUUCAGACAAACACAGUAAGAAAGUAUGUCAGAAAAAAGCUGACUUUUAUUGAGCAACAGCUGCAAUAAAACUAAAAACUGUGGCCAUUUGUCAUAAGGUUGAGAACAAUGUAUGAAGCAGUUGAAUG